AUUUCUGUGUAUUUAUUUUAUACAUGUAACAACAUGAUUCUGAGAAGGGCUUGACCAGCUUGCCAUAGGCAUUUUUAGGACAAAAAAGCUUAGGAACCUCCCAUUCUGGAAGAACGAAGAAUAAGGGGAGGUUAUAAUUGGGGGCCACAGGAGUGGCAGGUAUUCAAGUUUGGCUAUGAGAGCUACUUUCGUUAUAUUUUAGGCUGUAAUGGAGACUCUGGGAGUGGGAAGAAAAAAAAAAACUCAAACAGUCAAAGGGCUCAUUUUGAUUUUCCCACACUCCUAGUGCCAAUUUCUGAAAUUGGUGUCCACCAUCAGUAGAAGCCUAUAUGCUCUGAAUUUACAAAGCCAAGUAGUGGCGGGUCAUUGUAUCUGUGUUCAGGGAGGGGAAACGACUGGAAAUCCGGGCCCCCCAGAUCUUUCCUGCUUCUCCUUUGGUGGCAGCCACUCCUCACAUUCAAACAGUUUGCAAAAGUUUACAGGGGAGAACCCUAACUUGUUCCCUAGACGUCAGUUUCUGGAGUUCAUGCAUUAAUACGAUAAAAAGAACAGCUGAUUCUUAUCCAACCCUUACUCUGGGCCGGGCCCUGUUAUCAGCAUGAAAUUUCAUGCAGCAACUCGUUUACUCCUCACAACAGCCCACAGGGUAUAUACGAUCAUCACCUCCUUUUCACAGGUGAAAAAACCCGAGGUCCAGCGAGGUUGAGUAACUCACCUAGGUCGAACAGCUCAGAAAACCCACGGCAAUUCCGGGAUUCUAGUUUUGUUUUCAGGUUGUCCCGGGCUUCUGAGGAGUCAGUGGGCUCAGCAUGGAGAGGAAGGAAGCCGGAAGGAAUUGCGAGGAAGAGGCAGCAAGGCUGGAAAGCGUCUGGAUAACCACCCAUCUUGAAGGAGACCUCCCUGCCCUCCUGCCUCUGUCCCCCAGAGGACUGCCAGAUCAUCCUCUAUUCCCCAACCUCCCAGCCCUUCCUGCUGUACCUGUGAGGAGGUGAUCUCCUCAGUCCCUCCACUUUUCCCCUGUCUGCGGUCACCACCCCACCACCAUGCACCCCCUUCCUGGCUACUGGUCCUGUUGCUCUCUACUCCUGCUAUUCUCCUUGGGAGUCCAGGGGUCCCCAGGGGCCCCCAGCGCUGCCCCAGAGCAAGUCCAUCUGUCUUACCCAGGUGAGCCAGGCUCCAUGACUGUAACCUGGACCACAUGGGUCCCAACCCGCUCUGAAGUGCAAUUCGGGUUGCAGCCGUCGGGGCCUCUGCCCCUCCAUGCCCAAGGCACCUUCGUCCCCUUUGUGGACGGGGGCAUUCUCCGGCGGAAGCUCUACAUACACCGAGUCACGCUUCGCAAGCUGCUGCCGGGGGUUCAGUAUGUUUAUCGCUGUGGCAGUGCGCAAGGCUGGAGCCGUCGGUUCCGCUUCAGAGCCCUCAAGAAUGGGGCCCACUGGAGUCCCCGCCUGGCUGUGUUUGGGGACCUGGGGGCUGACAACCCGAAGGCCUUACCGCGGCUGCGCAGGGACACCCAGCAGGGCAUGUACGACGCCGUUCUCCAUGUGGGAGACUUUGCCUACAACAUGGAUCAGGACAAUGCCCGCGUCGGGGAUAGGUUUAUGCGGCUCAUUGAACCUGUGGCUGCCAGCCUGCCGUACAUGACAUGCCCCGGGAACCACGAAGAACGCUACAACUUCUCUAACUACAAGGCUCGCUUCAGCAUGCCAGGGGAUAAUGAGGGCCUGUGGUACAGCUGGGAUCUGGGUCCCGCCCACAUCAUCUCCUUCUCCACCGAGGUCUAUUUCUUUCUCCAUUACGGCCGCCACCUGGUACAGAGGCAGUUUCGCUGGCUGGAGAGCGACCUCCAGAAAGCCAAUAAGAACCGGGCAGCCCGGCCGUGGAUCAUCACCAUGGGGCACCGGCCCAUGUACUGCUCCAACGCAGAUCUGGACGACUGCACACGACAUGAAAGCAAGGUCCGCAAAGGCCUCCAAGGCAAGCUGUAUGGUUUGGAGGAUCUUUUCUACAAAUACGGAGUGGAUCUGCAGCUGUGGGCUCAUGAGCACUCGUAUGAACGACUGUGGCCAAUUUACAACUACCAGGUAUUUAACGGCAGCGGAGAGAUGCCCUACACGAACCCGCGAGGACCUGUCCACAUCAUCACAGGAUCUGCCGGCUGUGAGGAGCGGCUGACGCCCUUUGCUGUCUUCCCAAGGCCCUGGAGUGCCGUGCGUGUGAAGGAGUACGGGUACACCCGGCUGCACAUCCUCAACGGGACCCACAUCCACAUCCAGCAGGUGUCGGACGACCAGGAUGGGAAGAUCGUAGAUGAUGUCUGGGUGGGCACCACCCUCCUGCAUAGCUCUGAUCGGGCGAGGUGCCCACAGGCCUUCAGGCAUCAAGAGGCUUAAGCCGUGGCUCCAUGGACUCUGCGUAUCUUCCGGGGAUACCCCUGGGCUGCCUCCUGUCCUGCCCACCGGGCAAGGGCAUCACCAGCCUUCCGUCAGCAAGGUGGCCACAACCGUCAUGACGCUACUCACCAGCAGGUGGUGUCGGGGACUUUUUCUUCUGAGCGCAGCAUUGAGAGUUGGUCUGAAGCCUGGCUCCUGCUUCACUGCUUCAGGACUGCUACCGAGAGUCCCUUCGUGCCUCAGUUUCCCAGCCUGGCACCCUCUUAUCCGGGAAGAGGAGACGUGUUAACACUCUUGCCUCCCAGCUAGGACAGAUGACGAACCGCGAGAGCCGACAGAGUUGCCAGUUCCUUCCCUCUCUCUUUUCUUUCUUUCCCAUCUUUUAUUUAUUGAAUCAUAAUUUAUCCAGCAUCUACCAUGUGCCAGGCUCUGUUCUCAGAGCUGGAGAGACAGCCAUUUACAAGACAGAGAUCUCGGCCGUCACAGAGCUGACACCCUAACCAGAGAGUUGGACAAAAACCGCGAUAAAUGAGUUGGUUAAAUGGCGAUUUGUGCAUAGAAAAUGCAGGGACAGUGAAGGAGUGGUUGCAGUUUUCAGGGGGAUCUCACUGAGAGGGCAACAUUUGAUCUGAAGGAGGUGGGGAAGGAGCCAAGUGGGCAGACAUCUGGGGAAAGAGCGUUCCAGGCAGAGGAAUAGCCAGUGCAAAGGCCCUGAGACAGAAAUGUGCCUGGCUGGCCAGGUACAGUAACUCACAUCUGUAGUCCCAGCACUUUGGGAGGCUGAGGCGGGCGGAUCACUCGAGCCCAGGAGUUUGAGACCA